AUGAAUGCAACAAAGCGAAAGUUCAACACCCUCAUCCAGGGGAUCGGCACGCGAUCGCCUCAGCCCGGCAACAGCUCGACUGACGACCGCCCUACCACUGCCGACAGCGCUACCUUGACCCGACCAGCCACGGGGAACACGGCCCCCUCAACACCGAGAGCUUCCACGGAUAUGCCAUCGCCAGUACCGGUCUCGUCGAUAUCAGCCGACUUCCUGGCCAAGCGUCGGCGACUGGGGGCAUUGGGAUCUGCGGCAGGCAACGCGGCCAGCAAGAUGACGAUCACGAACGUAUCGCUGAGGAAGUGGACGGCGGGUCGGGACGGUGCAAAGCAUGACACACAGCAGGAGCCGCCGAGGUACUGUCCUGGUGACCGAGAACAACUCAUCCGAAGGUUGGGAACGUUUCAAGAGUUGACAGAGUGGACCCCCAAGCCGGAAAAGGUCAACGAGAUCGAGUGGGCAAAGAGAGGCUGGGUAUGCAAAGGCAAAGAGAGAGUUCGGUGCACGUUAUGCAGCAAGGAGCUCGUCGUAAAUACGAGUAAGAGGGCGGUAGAUGGCAAGGAUGUUUCGAUAUUGGUUGGCUCCGAGUUCGAGGAGGCAUUGGUCAAGAAAUUUGCCGAACUGAUCGUGUCCGCACAUCAAGAGGACUGCCUUUGGAAGAAAAGGGGCUGUGAUGAUUCACUUCUCCGUCUCCAGAUAACAAGCGCUCAAGUGGCUCUGCCAUCCCUGAGACAACGGUAUGACGAGCUGUGCGACCGUCAAUCAUUCUUGCCAUACCAAUUCAACCUUCGUCUGCCUGCAUCUCUAUCAUUAGAGACAGUCAAAGACCAACUGCCUCCAAACUUUUUCACCGAGCCACCCCCAUCUACAUCGAGAUCUUCAGCGGCACCAAAUAACGUAGCUCUUGCACUGGCUUUGACAGGUUGGGAAGGGUUGACAAACCCGAAAAUAGGACCAGUACCAAACUCGGCCUCGUGCCCAACAUGUCUGCGCCGUCUGGGUCUAUGGAUGUUCAAAAGCAGGGAAAUCAACGAGGAGACAAACGAGGUCCUGGUGCCAGCUCCAAUGGAUCACCUGGACCCGAUCCGCGAGCACCGGUUCUUCUGCCCCUGGCGCAACCCUGACGCACAGCGCAACCCAGGCAGCAGGUCCGCGGAAGCGAGCAAAGCAGCCUGGGAAGUCCUCGUACUGACAGUCAAGCAUGCGGCGUAUCUUAGAGGCCAUAGGGACAAGAACGACAAGACGCCAGUGCAUGGGAGAAGCAAGAGCCACGCGGUACCUAGGACACCGACUUCUCGCCCCACUGGCCAUGCAUACACGCCCAGCGAGGGUGCGAUAGAGUCGCCGCUGCUGAUGUUAGGUCCAGACAUGGUCGAUGAUGAGGAAGAGGAUGGGAGAGAAAGAGAUGCAAAGGACAAGGAGCGCUGGGCGCGCCUGAGGAGGGUGAAGAGCUUAUUCAACACCAAAGGGGGCCGGAGCAGGUUGACAAAGUCGCUCAGCCGGCCGGGCACUGCUAAGAGCUCGGCGACUACAGCAGACGGUGGCAAGGACUAG